AUGGCGGCGGAGGGAGGAGGGAAGGAGAUGAACGAGAUUAAGACCCAGUUCACCACCCGGGAGGGGCUGUACAAGCUGCUGAGCCACUCGGAGUACAGCCGGCCUAACCGGGUGCCCUUCAACUCGCAGGGCUCCAACCCGGUCCGCGUUUCCUUCGUCAACGUCAACGACCAGAGCGGCAACGGGGACCGGCUCUGCUUCAAUGUGGGCCGGGAGCUCUACUUCUACAUCUACAAGGGGGUCCGCAAGGCUGCGGACUUGAGUAAACCAAUAGACAAAAGGAUAUACAAAGGAACACAACCUACAUGCCAUGACUUCAAUCACUUAACAGCCACAGCAGAAAGUGUGUCUCUUCUAGUGGGCUUCUCUGCAGGCCAGGUCCAACUUAUAGACCCUAUUAAAAAAGAAACUAGCAAAUUAUUUAAUGAGGAAAGACUAAUAGACAAGUCCAGAGUAACCUGUGUAAAAUGGGUACCAGGUUCGGAAAGCCUUUUCCUAGUAGCUCAUUCCAGUGGCAAUAUGUACUUGUAUAACGUGGAGCACACUUGUGGUACCACAGCCCCGCACUACCAGCUACUUAAACAAGGAGAAAGUUUUGCAGUUCACACUUGCAAGAGUAAAUCCACAAGAAACCCUCUGCUUAAAUGGACAGUAGGUGAGGGUGCCCUGAAUGAAUUUGCCUUUUCCCCAGAUGGGAAGUUCUUGGCAUGUGUGAGCCAGGAUGGUUUUCUUCGUGUGUUUAACUUUGAUUCAGUGGAAUUGCAUGGUACAAUGAAAAGCUACUUUGGAGGACUGCUGUGUGUGUGUUGGAGUCCCGAUGGGAAAUACAUAGUGACAGGUGGAGAGGAUGACUUGGUAACAGUUUGGUCUUUCGUGGACUGUCGAGUAAUAGCGAGAGGCCACGGACAUAAAUCGUGGGUCAGUGUUGUUGCAUUUGAUCCAUAUACCACUAGUGUAGAAGAGAGUGACCCAAUGGAAUUUAGCGGAAGUGAUGAGGAUUUCCAAGACCUUCAUUUUGGCAGAGAUCGAGCAAAUAGUACGCAAUCUAGGCUAUCCAAAAGGAACUCUACAGACAGUCGUCCAGUAAGUGUUACGUAUAGAUUUGGUUCAGUAGGCCAGGACACACAGCUCUGUUUGUGGGAUCUUACAGAAGAUAUCCUCUUCCCCCACCAACCUCUCUCAAGAGCAAGGACACAUACAAACGUCAUGAAUGCCACAAGUCCACCUGCUGGAAGUGGUGGAACUAACCCAGGAAGUAAUGGAAACAGUAUCACAACACCUGGAAACUCUGUACCCCCUCCUCUUCCACGGUCAAACAGCCUUCCACACUCUGCAGUCUCAAAUGCUGGCAGUAAAAGCAGUGUCAUGGAUGGUGCCAUUGCUUCUGGUGUUAGUAAAUUUGCAACCUUAUCGCUACAUGAUCGGAAGGAAAGACACCAUGAAAAAGAUCACAAGAGAAAUCAUAGCAUGGGACAUAUAUCUAGCAAGAGCAGUGACAAACUGAACCUAGUUACUAAAACCAAAACGGACCCAGCUAAAACUUUGGGAACACCUCUCUGUCCCCGAAUGGAAGAUGUUCCCUUGUUAGAGCCUCUUAUCUGUAAAAAGAUAGCACAUGAAAGACUGACUGUGUUAAUUUUUCUUGAAGACUGUAUAGUCACUGCUUGUCAGGAGGGAUUUAUUUGCACAUGGGCAAGGCCUGGUAAAGUGGGUUUAUUAUCAUCCCAAACCCAGGCCAAUUCUCCAAGUGGAACUGUAGUAUAGCCAUCACACUACUGCUAGCAAAUCUCUGAACACAGGACAAGAAGUAAUGACAGUGGAACCAGGAGCUGUUCUUCAGGCAAAGAGCAUCACAAAUUAUAAUGUGGCAGAGUGUAAACAUGGAAUUAUGUGAAUCACAUAGUAAUUUGCAAAGUAAUAAUGUAAUGAGUUCUUAUUACAGCUAAUACUGCUAGGCUGCUCACCUAAGGAAGAGUUUUCAUUAAAAAAAAAAAAGCAGCUUCCUUUGGUGCUGCAGGAAAAAAUAGUUACAUUUUUGGUUUUCUUUAUACUUUUCAAGUCCAG